AUGCCUUUCUCAGCACUAAACGGGUACCAGCAGCCGAGUACGGCCUUUCUACCGGUCUUCAACCCAUUAGCACCAUUAAGUAUACCAUUAGUACAGAUGCUACAGAACUGUAACAACAUAUCACCCAACACAUCGUAUCUCAGCAGUCCUGUCACCCCGAAUCCGGUCGAUUUCUGGCUACGACUGAAUGAAGUUCGACGACAAAGCAUGGUGAACAAUGGCAUGUCAUCAAGUUCGUCUACCCCUGCCAAAGCCACAUCUGAAAGUCCGUCGAGUUCGAAACAGAAGAGUGAAUCGCCUUCUGACUUCAGGAGAAUUGAGACUUUGAUUCAGUUCGAUGAAGUUAAGAAGGAAAAUGAACCAUCGUCGUCUGGUAAAGACAAUGGAAGAGAGUGUCCUAAGUGUGGAAAACACUUCACAAGGCCAUGGCUACUACAAGGUCAUAUUAGGACUCAUAGUAAGUUUUUUGUACAAGCAGGAUGGAUCUUGGUAUGGUGGGGUUGCUUCUUCUGAAAACAGUUUUUAACUUUUCUAAAUUUGGUAUUUUUAGCUGGAGAACGACCAUUCAAAUGUGACAUUUGUACCAAAGCUUUCGCCGACAAAUCAAAUCUUCGAGCUCAUCGACAAACACAUUGCAGUAAGUUUUAUUUUACUUACUCUAUCCUACUCUAUCUUAUCCUACUCUUUCUACGCUAUCUUACCCUACCCCACUCACAUUACUUUGUCCUAACUUACUUUACAAUAAUAACUUUUUUUAACUGUAAGUUUUUAGAAGAGAAAAAGUACAUUUGUCAGCGAUGUCAUAAAGGAUUUGCCCUAAAGUCGUAUCUAUCCAAGCAUCAGGAGUCGAGUUGUAACAGUCGACACAUGAAACUGCCACCAAUGUUGCCAUUCUUUUAUCAACACAAACAGGAGUACUCUUAA